CGGCUAGACAUUGUCAAGAACAUGGCGGCUUCCAGGCAGGCAUGAGAGUGGAUCCUUCUGAACAAAUUUAGAUGAAACUGGGCAAUCAUCUUAAAGCAAGACCAUCAAAAUAUCUCCCUGGAUAUCGCAACACGAAUCUCUAAAAGGACAUGUCAUCCCCCGGUUCCGUUGUGCCUGGUACAACCAGUGCCCCACUGCAGCCACGAUGGAAGCGGGUUCUGGGGUGGUCUGGGCCGGUACCCCGACCGAGACACGGACAUAGAGCCGUAGCCAUCAAGGAGCUUAUGGUCGUGUUCGGAGGAGGAAACGAAGGAAUCGCAGACGAGUUGCAUGUUUAUAACACUGCAACAAACCAGUGGUUUAUACCAGCUGUUCGAGGAGACAUUCCUCCGGGCUGUGCAGCUUAUGGCUUUGUAUGUGACGGUACACGGCUGUUAGCGUUUGGUGGGAUGGUGGAAUAUGGAAAGUACAGCAAUGACCUUUAUGAGUUACAGGCAAGUAGGUGGGAAUGGAAAAAAUUGAAACCAAAGGCCCCUAAAAAUGGAGCACCGCCAUGUCCUCGUCUGGGCCAUAGUUUUUCUCUUGUGGGCAACAAGUGCUAUCUCUUCGGUGGGCUUGCCAAUGACAGCGAAGACCCCAAGAACAACAUUCCCAGAUAUUUGAAUGACCUUUAUACUCUCGAGUUGCGUCCGGGCUCCAGUGUUGCAGGCUGGGAUAUGCCAGUCACAUAUGGAGUUCUGCCACCUCCAAGAGAGAGCCACACUGCUGUAAUUUAUACUGAAAAAACUACCAAGAAGUCCCGUCUUGUCAUAUAUGGAGGAAUGAGCGGUUGUCGUUUGGGUGAUCUUUGGACACUAGAUAUUGACACACUGACCUGGAACAAGCCUGCAAUAAGCGGCACUGCACCCCUCCCUCGCAGCCUCCACUCAGCCACUACUAUUACAAACAAGAUGUAUGUUUUUGGUGGCUGGGUUCCCUUGGUGAUGGAUGAUGUAAAGGUGGCCACACAUGAGAAGGAAUGGAAGUGUACAAACACACUGGCCUGCCUAAACUUGGACACUUUGUCUUGGGAGACUGUUUUGAUGGACUCUUUGGAGGACAACAUACCACGUGCACGAGCGGGACAUUGCGCAGUUGCUAUCAACAACAGGCUUUAUGUGUGGAGUGGGCGUGAUGGGUACCGCAAAGCGUGGAACAACCAGGUGUGCUGCAAAGACCUGUGGUACCUGGAGACAGAACGGCCUAAUCCUCCUUCACGGGUACAGCUUGUUCGGGCUAACACAAAUUCUUUAGAGGUUAGCUGGGGAGCUGUAUCUACGGCAGACACUUAUCUACUUCAGCUUCAGAAGUACGAUAUCCCAGCAGCCACUGCUGCCACCUCACCUGCCCUCAAUGCAGCUCCCUCAAUACCUGGAAACUCUCCUAGGAGUCCAGCGCCUGCGGCAGCUGCUCCAUCUGCUCAGAGUCUGCCACAGAGUGGCAUCACUCUAGUGACCCAGGCUGGUUCCCCUACAUCGCUUUUGCCCAACUCGCCAGGAAGUCCCUUGGCUGCCUCAACAGCUCGUGGCCCAGCUAUUCUGAAAGUUGCAGCCCCUCAAUCAGGCACUGGGACAUCGAUUGUCACUGUGCGACAAGCUACCCAAGCUGGAAAAUCCCCAGUCACUUUGACAUCACUUCCUGCAGGUGUCCGUAUGGUUGUGCCACCUCAGGCCGCUCAAGGAACGCCUAUAGGCAGCAGCCCUCAGAUGAGUGGAAUGGCAGCUUUAGCUGCAGCUGCUGCAGCCACGCAGAAAAUCCCCCCCUCACCUGGAGCUACUGUUCUCAAUAUGCCGGCAGGGGCCACAAUCGUCAAAACAAUGGCUGGGACACCUGGGUCCUCCACUGUAAAAUUAGCAUCUCCUGUCAUGGUAAGCAACCCUGCCACUCGCAUGCUGAAGACGGCCGCAGCCCAGGUGGGCAGUCCAACAGUGUCCAGUCCCACUACAGCUGCCCGGCCCAUCAUUACGGUGCACAAGUCAGGCACAGUUACUGUAGCUCAGCAGGCUCAGGUUGUGACCACUAUGGUGGGCGGGGUUACCAAGACCAUCACUCUCGUGAAGAGCCCACUUUCUAUGGGAGGAAGUGGCACACUGUUCUCUAACUUGGGUAAGGUCAUGUCAGUGGUGCAAACCAAACCAGGGCAGACAUCUGGUGUGACUGGCCAUGGCUCUAACCCACUGACUCAGAUUAUACAGACAAAGGGUCCCCUCCCUCCCGGCACCAUUUUCAAACUCGUAACGUCUGCUGAUGGAAAACCAACCACCAUAAUUACCACCUCUCAAGCAGGUGGCACAGGAAACAAGCCCACCAUCCUGGGCUUCAGUGGCAUGUCCCCCACUACCACCACCAAGCCGGGCACCACCACUAUUUUCAAAACAAUACCCAUGUCAGCUUUACAACAGGGAGCAGGUGUAUCUAGUGGUACAGGGGUGAAGAGCCCCAUCACCAUCAUUACCUCCAAGAUGAUGACAUCUGGAACUCCUGGCAAAAUCAUUACUGCAAUGCCUAAGAUUGGUACCGCAACAGGACAGCAAGGCCUUACACAGGUUGUUUUGAAGGGGGCUCCAGGUCAGCCCGGUACUAUACUUCGCACUCUGCCAAUGGGAGGAAUGCGUCUUGUUUCGCCAGUAUCUGGGGUCAAACCAAAUGUAACCACACUGGUUGUCAAGGGAACAACUGGUGUAACAACCCUUGGCACAGUCACUGGAACGGUUUCUUCCAGCUUAGCAGGAGGAAGCGUAGCCAGUGCCAAUGCCAACCUGGCAACCCCCAUUACCACCCUGGGCACGAUUGCCACCCUCUCCAGCCAGGUCAUAAAUGCCAGCGCUGUGUCCACUGCUCAGAGCAACCUGACUACUGUCCCCUCCACCAUGCAGCCCACCCAGGUGACACUCAUAACAACACCCAGUGGUGUGGAGGCUCAACCUGCCCAAGACCUGCCUAUUUCCUUUUUGGCCUCACCAAACUCAGAGCAGUCUGCCUCUACUGAGUCCGGGACAGCUGAUGCCUCCGGCAGUGUUACUCUAGUGUGCUCCAACCCUCCAUGUGAGACUCACGAGACGGGCACCACCAACACUGCCACCACAGCAUCUUCCAACAUGGGCACUGUUCAUAGGGUGUGUUCAAACCCGCCAUGUGAAACCCAUGAUACGGGCACCACCAACACAGCAACUACAGCAUCUUCAAAUAUGGGCACUGCCCUUACUGCCACUGCGCAGAGGGUGUGCUCUAACCCACCUUGUGAGACCCACGAAACCGGCACCACCAACACUGCAACAACAGCAUCCUCAAAUAUGGGUACCACCCCUACUGGCACGGCGCAGAGGGUGUGUUCCAACCCACCUUGUGAGACCCAUGAAACGGGCACCACCAAUACUGCUACUACAGCUUCAUCCAACAUGGGUGGCGACCAAGCAGGAACAGUUCAGAGAGUGUGCUCCAACCCACCUUGUGAGACCCAUGAAACUGGCACCACCAACACUGCAACGACAGCUUCAUCUAAUAUGGGUGGAGGCCAAGCAGGAUCAGUUCAGAGGGUGUGCUCCAACCCACCUUGUGAGACCCACGAAACUGGCACCACCAACACUGCUACUACAGCUUCAUCUAACAUGGGUGGCGACCAAGCAGGAACAGUUCAGAGGGUGUGCUCCAACCCACCUUGUGAGACCCACGAAACUGGCACCACCAACACGGCUACUACAGCUUCAUCUAACAUGGGUGGCGACCAAGCAGGAACAGUUCAGAGGGUGUGCUCCAACCCACCCUGUGAGACCCACGAGACUGGUACAACCAACACGUCCACCACUGCCACCUGCAGUAUGGAGACAGAUGAGGGAACAGACCAACAGACCGGUGAAGCAUCAGAAUCUUCCACCAACACAGAGGUGCCGUCCACUGUAGCGACCCAGAGUAGAGCCAUCACCACAGUCACACAGGCAACACCUCUACCAGGACCAUCUGUUCCAUCUAUCUCUUCAAUCACUGAGUCUUCCUCUGAGGCAGUUGCAGAGCCUGUUGUUCUGGAAAGCCCAGAGGCAGAGUCCUUCCAGACAGAAGACCAGGCAGAGGCAUUCGCCAUGCAGGCAGAUUUCCAGACAGAAGCAGGGGCAGUGGCAGUGGCUAUGUCGAGUGACUUUGAGGCAGAGGCAGCAGCAGCCAUGCCGAGUGACUUCCAGGGAGAAGCUCAGGCUGUGGCCAUGCAGGAAAAGAGCCAGAUGGAGGCAGAUGCCGCUGAGCCCAUGGAACAUGAUGCUUCUGGCUUAUCAGAGGGAGAGACUGCUCUGGUGCAGCUACCAGUAGCAGAGAUGGAGGGCAUUGAGUCUGCAUCAGCAUCCCAGGAUGCCAUUGCACUGGCCUUGCCCCCAGAGCUGAUGUCAGACGGACAGGCCACAACACUGAUGGUAACAGGUCUGACCCCAGAGGAGCUAGCAGUAACAGCGGCCGCAGAGGCAGCAGCGCGGGCUGCAGCCACAGAAGAAGCCCAGGCCCUCGCUAUCCAGGCUGUACUACAAGCAGCACAGCAGGCUGUUAUGAACUCAGGAGAAGUUGUUGCUGGAGGAAACAGCCAGCAGACCCACACCAUACCCAUUGUUCUGACCCAGCAGGAGCUGGCAGCCCUUGUUCAGCAGCAGCAGCAGCUCCAGGCGGCGCAGCAGCUCCAAGCGGCCCAGCAGCAAGCCGCUAUCCAGAUUGCUCUCUCCACUGAGGGAUUGGCUCCGGCUGACAGCCUAAAUGAUCCCACAUCAGAGAGCAAUGGACACAACGAAAUGGCUUCCGCUGCCACAAGUGCAGUGGUUACACUGCUGCCUCGGACUUCCGUAGAGACCUUGGCUCCAUCCAGCACAUUAGCGCCUGCAGUAGUCGCCAGUCCAGCCAAGAUGCAAGUAGCGGCAGCUCUCACUGAAGUGGCCAAUGGAAUGGAGGCUGCGAAACAAAAGCCUCCCACGGUUACCAUCAAACCUCAAGUGAAGAAAGAAAACCAGUGGUUUGAUGUCGGCAUUGUUAAAGUGACCAACAUGGUUGCAACACAUUUCUACAUGCCUGCAGAUAACGCCGCUUAUAUUGACGAUGAUUCCGGCACAGUCCCCGACUACAGCCAGAUGAAGAAGGUGGAGCUUCAGCCUGGGACGGCCUAUAAAUUCAGAGUGGCGGGUGUAAACACAUGUGGCCGGGGAGCCUUUUCUGAAAUAUCUGCUUUCAAGACCUGCUUACCAGGAUUCCCAGGGGCACCAUGUGCCAUAAAGAUAAGCAAGAGUCCAGAUGGUGCACACCUUACAUGGGAGCCUCCAUCAGUGACAUCAGGAAAGAUUACUGAGUAUUCUGUGUAUUUGGCCAUUCAGAGCAGCCAGACCACCGAGGUCAAAACCUCUGCCCCAGCUCAGCUCGCCUUCAUGCGUGUUUACUGUGGGCCCAAACCCUCCUGUCUGGUCCAGACUUCAAGCCUGUCCAGCGCUCACAUAGACUACACCACCAAACCAGCCAUUAUCUUCCGCAUUGCGGCACGCAAUGAGAAGGGCUAUGGCCCAGCUACACAAGUGCGAUGGCUGCAAGAGUCCAGCAAAGAGGGCAUCUCUGCAAAGCCUGCCCCAAAAAGAGCAGUUUCUUCACCAGAUAUGAAAGGGAUUGGUCUCAAGAAAGCAAGAAUGGACCAGUGAUGUCCUCUCUCCAUUCGUCCUCCAAAAGCAGGAAGACUUAUCCCAACUCCUAGCGCUCCAUCUGACUUCCACACAUCUUUAAUCAGAACAUCCAUUAAACAGCACAAACUCUGAAAGGAAAUUGGGUUUAAAAUGAAGAAUAAUUGGUUCUAGGAUAAGCAUUUCUCUUUUAAUAGAAUGAAUGGAGAAAAGCAACUUUCUUUUUAUUUUUCCACCCAGUUGGAGUUGGAAAAACUAAACAAAAAAAACAAAUGGCUUUUUCCAUUGUAUAGUCUUCCACUCAACUCACCCCAUUGCAUUCAACACAUGUAUUUUGCUUCAGAAGUUUCAAAUAUCAGUUUUAAGGUUUUGUUCAAUGUUUGUUCAGCUUUCAUCUUUCAAUUGAAGUUACUCUCUUUCCUGUGAUGGACUUCAGGGUGGUUUUAGAUUUCUGAAUGGAGAUGAGUCAUGAUGUCAUUCUCAUCAUUGGGGGAGAAAAUGGAAAUGGGGAAACAAACGAAGCACUUGUCCUCAGACAAGAGAGGAUAUUUUCACUUGAAAGUUUAUUGUUCAGUGAUGUAAAAUCUGCACAAGAAUUAUUUCUGGACUGCAGCCUCCUGGUGGAGUCAUCACUGUGCACUUUUGCAUUUAGCUGAAAGUGAGGCAAAACUGCAGAUAAAGAAAUGGCCAAGGACGUUCAUUAGUGGCCAGACAGAGACUUUGUUAGAACUGAGAUUUGCCAUAUGAAGAAAGGAAUAAAAAAAAAAAGAAAAAAAAAAAAAAAAAAAAAAAAGGAAAACUUCACAAAAAAUUAGCAAGCGCUGACUGCGAAGAUCUUUUGUGUAGUUUAUUUUUGUAUUUUUAAAUGCUUUUCUCUUAUGUGUAUGUUUGUGAGUGUGUAUUUUUUAACCCACUACUUAUAUAUUGUUUUUUUUUUUUUUUUAAGUUCUUGUUCAUCCCCAUUGGUUUUCAAGGAUUUGUGGUAAAUGGAGCUUUUGGAGGGGCCAUGCUAUCUUCAAAUACAAGUAAUGGCAUUGUAUUUGUGUUAAUGUGUUACAGUUGAAAGUAUGUUAACAGAUUUAAACAUCUGAAGGGCUUUUACUUUGUUUACUGCAUAUUUCUACGCUUGUUUCAACUCUGUGUUUGUGUAUGCCAAACCUUGAGAUGUAAAAACGCAAAACAUUUAACUUUUUAAUUUUCACACACCUCAUCAAACCGCCAUUAUUAGCAACAAUUAGCUGUUCCGUUCCUCUGGCUUUUCCUCUGAAGAUUUUCCACAUGUUCCACCACAUAGAUUUGUAGAUUUUUUUUCUGCCCAAGUUUGUGAAGGAAGUCGUCUAUGUGAAGAUUAAUUAAAUUUCUACCUUGUUUUUCUUUGAUUAUCUGAGGGGUAUGCAAAGUAAAUGAUAAAUGUAUACCCGUUUGUCUCCAUGUUGGGAGUUGAUGGAGGUUCUCAUUCUUGGUUAAAGCCAAGUACGGAUUCGACUGUAAUAUAGUUAAUUCAUACCGCAAGAGGUAAUGAUGACAUCUUGGCCUUUUAUAUACUUACCUGUAACUAAAUGUUUUUACAUGUCGGUCAUCUCCUGAUUGCCUUUUUUUGUCUUGACUUAUAAAAGAAACAAAUAUAUAUACGGUCUCCCUGAUUGAUUUUGACCAAUUAAUUGUAGUUUCAUGCAGCAAGUAUGAAGUGUAUGUUCUACCACUUAGUGUCUUCCAUUAAUGUAUUUUGAAUAUGAGUUGCUACAUUUGAUCAAACACCUUUUCAGAGAGCUGAUCAGAUAUGACGCUCUGCUCAUUUGCAUUAAAAUGGAGAUAUUUCAGUUGAAAUAAAAGAAUAAUA